AUGAAGUUAGCUAUCUGUUUUGUAUUGAGCUUAAUCACACUGGCAUCUGCGCUGCCCUCUAUUCCGUACCUUAAUAAACGCUUGGCUGAAGCCGAGAAUGUAACUCUGUACAAUUCUACCAAUACUGAAACGGCCCCUACUGUUCCUGUAGUAUUGGAUGUUGUGUUACUAAAUGGUACUUCUUGGAUUUCAACUCGUGAAAGGUUCUGGGCAGUCGAAAGUGGAGGAGACGAAUUCGCCAUUACUGAUAGUUUGCACAGUUUGAGGUCUAUUGACAAUGUCCUCUGGAGCCCAAUACUAGACCACAUCGAGCGACCUCGACUUCUAGUAUUGGAUGAAGUAGCUAGCGAAAGUCUUUCUAAGGUUGCAAGUGAUGUUUCCGGUAUUUCCGCUUAUUGGACUGAAGCUGGUAGUGAUAGCAAUGCUACGAUAUCUGGAAGUUUUUACCCGACAAACGUGACAACCAAUUCAUCUCUUGCUUGGAAUACAACUUCUAAUCAAACCAACACUUCUUCUACUUCUCUCCCGACUGAAGUAAAUUCUUUGAUUCUUACUUCCUUUGGAUUAAGUGAGAGUUUCGUUAAUCACUCAGCAUCACGAUUAGUAGUUGUAGGAGCUGCGAAACCGGCUUCAACGAAUGUCUCUGUUUUGGAUUCUUCCGAAAACCCAGUUUAUCAAACAUUAACUAAUCAGAGUACUACUUCCAUUCGCCGUGAGGUUCCCGUAGUUGACUCCAAGGUUAUUGAUGUAUUUGGUUACAACUUUUAUUUCUUGGCUUUAAGUUCCUCUAUAUCUUUUUUGAAGAGCUUUGCAUUUUGCAAUCAAACAUCUGCCUUUUCAUUGUUUCAGGAUAUUGCUUCAUGCGGCUUAUCAGGUCAAUUGAGUUCUUCCUCUUGCUUUGACGGAAGUUAUUAUUCACUUUUCGGCCCCACCGGAUAUUUUGCAACAGGAUUUGGAAGUUCAGCUGAUGUUGUCGUGAUUCAAAGUGAAACAAAUUGCAAUGCAACUGUUUCCGCUGCUGCUUCCAAUACCACAUACGUGAACGUGAACAGCUACGUUGAUUUGACACCAACCUUGCUAACGAACAGCACAUACAACUCGAAUCUCACGAACAGUUCAAUUCCCCCAAUUCCCUAUACUAUCACCAAUACCACCAGCAACGAUACUACUGCCUUAAAUAGUAGUAACUCUUCCGGUGUUGGACCUUUGGCAUAUUAUGGAUCUGGAUUUUUGAACAUUUCUGAUUAUUUGAAUACCGAAGGCGAUGGACAUGUUAUUUUGAAGGGAUCGGGUGGAUCUAUCUUAGGUGAUUUCUACAUUAUUAAUUACACAAGUGUGGCCUUGGGAGACUACUUAAUUCCACUUUGGUGGUAA